AUGAUCUCAGCUCCGGGCUGGUCAGGGGCUGAUGGACAGGGGAGCGCAGAGCGGGGCUUCACUGUGGAGGGCUGUCCCAGUGUCGUGCCCAUGGCCAGUGGAGACGUGACACCCAGGAAAAGGCUUCAUUCUGCGGAGGAGGCCCACUGCUGCAGCCGGCCCGCUCCGGAGGGUGCAGGCUCCAUCCCCAUCUCAGAGGAGACAGAGGAGAAGGCUGCUCUGUGUCAACCAUGUCAGAGGAAGGUCUCCGAGCUCCACCACAGCUCACUCAAGGAGCCCAGCUACACAUCGCUCUUGUUGGAUCAGCUGCAGACGCCGCGGGGCCAUGAGGCUGGUCUGGGCCGCUGUCAGGUGUGCUCCACUCCUCUGCUGCAGCUGAGACAGGAGGCCCUUCACGCCCUCUCCCUCACCUCCGCCCCGUCCUUCCUCCCACAGCCAGCCCGCAUCACAGUGUCUACCUCCAAGCAGAUGUCCAGGAGCCAGCCGAGCAGCAGCAGCAGCAGCCCCUCCUCGCUAAUGGCCCUAGGAGAGAGGCACAGGGUCCAGGGUGCAGGCUCUAAGGGCAGUGUCCAGGUCACUGUGGCAGGGACGCAGCUCACCGGAUCCCUGGGCUCGGUGACCAUCCAGACGCAGCAGUACCUCGAAGGCAUGUGGAGCAUUUCCAGGGUCAACAACUUCCUGCCUCAGCCCAAGCCGGUUUCUGGUUUGACAGCAGGAGCAGACGUUCAAGCCUCAGAGGGACAGACCGCUACGCUGACCACGGCCACGACCACGAGCACGGCCCUGACGCACUGUAGACUGAGGGGCCACACGGGGAUCCCAGCACCCAGUGUCACCCCCUCUCAUCCCCCGUCCUCCCCCGCCACAUCUUUCUUCGUUAGGGCAGCUCAGAAGCUGAAUCUUUCAUCCAAGCGCAAGAAGCACCAGCCCUCACUGCUCCACGCCCAGGAACCCUCCAUCUACCCCACCAACUUCACCGGCAUCCUCCAGGCCCUGCCCCCGCCUGCGCCGCCAUGCCUGCUCCGCGCCGUGUCCAAAGUCAAAGACAAUCCGGGCAUGGGAAAGGUGAAAGUGAUGAUGCGUAUCUGCCCAUCCCUGGAGGCUCCCGACUCCGGCUCAGAUUCCCAGUCUUUUCUCAAAGUGGACAGCCGAAAGAAGCAGGUGACCCUCUACGACCCGGCAUCCAGCCCUCACUCCAGCUCAGGCCACCGGAGGUCCGCCACCGUCGCCGUCCCAAAGAUAUUCGCCUUCGAUGCAGUUUUCACCCAGGAUGCCUCGCAAGCUGAGGUGUGCUCAGGGACAGUCGCAGAGGUCAUCCAGUCAGUGGUGAACGGCGCGGACGGAUGCAUCUUCUCCUUCGGCCAAGUCAAGCUCGGCAAAACAUACACCAUGAUCGGCAAGGACAGCUCCACUCAGAGCCUCGGCAUCGUCCCCUGCGCCAUCUCCUGGCUCUUCAAACUCAUCAACGAGCGCAAGGAGAAGACCGGCACACGCUUCUCCGUCAGGGUAUCGGCCGUGGAGAUUUUUGGCAAAGAUGAGGAGCUGAAGGACCUGCUGUCUGAGGUGUCCACAGGCAGCCUUCAAGAUGGCCAGUCCCCGGGCAUCCACCUGAAAGAAGAUCCCAUAUGUGGCACCCAGUUGCAGAACCAGAGCGAGCUGCGAGCCCCCACACCAGAGAAAGCCGCCUUCUUCCUGGACGCCGCUAUUUCUGCGCGAAGCACGACACGUCCGGACGCAGACGAAGACGACCGCCGCAACUCGCACAUGCUGUUCACCCUGCACGUUUACCAGUACCGCAUGGAGAAGAGCGGGAAAGGAGGAAGUAAGGUGUCGGGCGGACGGAGCAGGCUGCAUCUCAUCGACCUGGGCAGCUGCGAGAAGGUGCUGAGCAAAAGCAGAGAUAGCGGCGGGGGCCUGUGUCUCUCGCUCAACGCGCUGGGCAACGUCAUCAUGGCUUUGGCGAACGGAGCGAAGCACAUUCCUUAUAGGGAUAGCAAGCUCACCAUGCUGCUGACAGAGUCCCUGGGCAACAUAAACUGCAGAACCACCAUGAUUGCCCACAUCUCUGAUUCGCCCAACAACUACGCCGAGUCACUCAACACCAUCCAGCUGGCGUCUCGCAUCCACCGCAUGAGGAAGAAGAAAUCCAAGUAUGCAUCUAGUUCAUCUGGAGGAGAAAGCUCCUGUGAAGAGGGGAGGAUCCGCAAACCACCACAUCUCAGGCCCUUCCCCCACAGGGGGGGGGGGGGGGUGGAGGACGGACAGUGGCCUCUGGAUCCAGACCUUCCUUGUCUGAUGAGCGACCCUGAGUACGCCUCCAGCAGUGAACAGUCAUGUGACACAGUCAUCUAUGUGGGCCCAGGUGGAACAGCCAUCUCCGACAGAGAGCUCAGUGACAAUGAAGGCCCUCCUGCCUUUGUUCCUAUCAUCCCCUCCUUAAACAGAAAGCGGUCUGGGAAAGACGGCCCGAUGGACAGGGAUCACUUCUUCAAUGCAACACUUUUGCGGAGCUGCAGGAGAGACUGGAUGUAUAGAUGGCAGUGA